AUGACCCUCCGACAACUCGCCCUCACCGGCAUCCUCGCCAUCGCCACCACUACCGCCAGCCUCCUCCACCCGCGCCAAAACAUCAACCCGGGCCGCGUCACAGGCGACACCUUCAUCCACGACCCGACCGUGCUCAAAACCCCCUCAGGCACCUACCUGGCCGCCUACACAGGCGACAACAUCCAGCUCAAGACCUCCACCGACCGCACGCAAUGGACCGACGCCGGCGCGGCCUUCCCCUCCGGCGCGCCCUGGACAACCCCCUACACCAACGGCGACCGCAACCUGUGGGCGCCCGACCUCUCCUUCCACAACAACCAGUACUACCUGUACUACUCGGCGUCCUCCUUCGGCUCUAGCCGCUCCGCCAUCUUCCUGGCGACCUCGCCCACGGGGGCGGCCGGGUCGUGGACGGAUAGGGGGUUGGUGAUCGAGUCGACGGAGAGUAGUGGGUGGAAUGCGAUCGAUCCGAAUUUGGUGGUGGAUGGGGAGGGGCGGUGGUGGUUGGCGCUGGGGUCGUUUUGGUCGGGGAUUAAGAUGGUGCAGUUGGAUCCGAGUACGGGGAAGAGGGUGGAUGCGGGGGAGCCGUUGGGGAUUGCGGCAAGGCCGGAUGCGGAGGGGGCGGUGGAGGCGCCGUUUGUUGUGCGCAGGGGGGAUUGGUAUUAUUUGUGGGUGUCGUUUGAUCGGUGUUGUCAGGGGGCGGCGAGCACGUAUCGGAUUAUGGUGGGACGGUCGGCGUCGGUGACGGGGCCGUAUGUGGAUCGGGAGGGCAGGCAGAUGAUGCAGGGCGGGGGGACGCAGGUUAUGUCGAGCCAUGGGUCGGUGCAUGGGCCGGGGCAUAAUGCGAUUUUUGAGGAUGCCGAUGGGGAUGUGUUGGUGUAUCAUUACUAUAAUGAUGCGGGGACGGCGCAGAUUGGCAUUAAUCUGGUUCGCUAUGAGAAUGGUUGGCCGGUUCUUUACUGA